UUCGGCCAAUUCUUAUUCCAUCAAUGAUCGGAUAGGCAUCAUCACCAACAAAUUAUAGACUCGGGAGAGCUAGAGAACCAAAUUCAAGACACGAAAGAGCUUCUAAAGAGAGAGAAGAGGCCCUGACCGAGUGCCUGAAAAUCCACAAAGCUAAUGCCUAAAUAAUUGAAGAAUCCAACAGAACUUUCAUUGAGGACGCCAUCGUCUCUACGAUGCCAGAUUCAUCGCAACUGUGUAGUAGUCAAUCGUCUACUGCACCUUGGCAACCAGUGUGUGAUACAUUAACAGGAUGGCUUGAUGGGACAUCGACUCAAUUCACAACGGAUGGUAAUGAUGACCAGGCUACUCAAGAACCAGCUGGCUUUGCCUGGAGUCUGUAUCAUCACACUCUCCAGCUCUUCUCACUACUACUUCCACCUAUGUUGGAACAUAUCUCAAGCUUUGAUCCACAACAUAGAAAAAAAAGCGAAAAAUCUCUCAAGAAGUCGUUAGGAAAAUUGUUCCUCUGGGGUAGCAGCUUUGAAGAUGGAAAACUCGAAAGCGUGCUGGAAGAAUCUGAAAGCUUGAGAGACACAGUAAUGGAGUCUUUUGCCGCCGUCGACAGGAUUUUAUUACUCAAAAUACCACCGAUAUGCUUGAGAAAACCUAGCGCAUCAGAAAAUCCAAGGAUCAAACAAGAGAUGCACGACCUGAGCAUUUGGGUUGAAAAGGCACGCGUGGUCACGGAGAUUGAUUAUGAAAGCGACGACUCAUCAGCAAGUUUGGAUACACAAGAAGACUUUCCCACAGUCAUCGGUUCUUUGGGAGACUAUGUAGGGGACCUCAUGGAGCUUCUUCCGUCCAUGGAAACGACCCUCAAGUCCUUGAAUUGGCAGGAUGUUGAGGAUCGGCCGAACCAGCAGGUCGAAUUCCAAAUCUCGGGUCCUGCACAGCCAUACGUCUUAAAAGUGUACGACAAGUUUCCAUUGGCUGACAUGCACUUGAUGCAUCGCCUGGGUGAGGCUAAUUGGCAGCGGCACAUCUCCUUGCGGGCAUUUCACAAUCAAGAAGACAGCGAAAUUGCUCACCAACUUCCAAAGAUCGCAUUUUCCGAGUUUCACGACUCUGGUCUUGGAUCUUCACUUCCAGCACGAUCAUCAUAUGCAGCCACGGUUGCAUCCCAUUCAUCCUUUCGGAGUACCACAGACGACAAAGAUAGCGGGACGCUCCGAGUGCCUCCCACUCCCAAGGAAGUGUUCGAGGGUGAACCCUUCAAUUGUCAAAUCUGCGGGCAAGUCUUAACCGACAUCAGGAACCGUGUGGACUGGAGGCGGCACGUUUUUGUAGAUCUCAAACCUUACCUGUGUACCUCUCCAGGUUGUAAGGACGAGUUCAAGACAUUUGCAACUCGAAAGCAAUGGCAAGAACACGAAUUUGGCCAGCAUCGGUUUAAUCGACACUGGGCCUGUUCAGCAUGUCAACACAAAUCUGGAACUCCAGAAGACUGGCAUGAGCAUUUGCUUCAGGCUCAUAAAGUCGUCUCCACCUAUCCCAAACAUCCUCUUGAUGCGCGGUAUUUCGAAGUUCGUGAGACAAUACCAGUUGAAUCAAUGCCUUGCCCGCUCUGUUUGGAGGUCCCUGGGAAGUCUCAAAGAGACUUCGCGACACAUGUUGGGAAACAUAUGGAAGACAUUGCACUGGCGGCAUUGCCUCGAGAAGGAGAGUUUUCGGACACCGAAUCAGACUCUUCAGAUAUGCUAGACAUCCCUGACCAUUCGAGAUUUUCAGCUAGUGGUUAUCUUUCGGGAGUUAUUACUCCAGGAUUUGAGGGUGGCAACGUUCCUCGGUCUCAAACGACAUUCGAGCCAGCUGCAAUGACUUCAUCUCAAUUUGGAAACCAAGAUACAAGACCAUACUAUGAUGAUGGAUACACCUCAGCUGCGGAAGAAGCUACAAUUCCGACUCCAAAGACUGAACAAACAGAAAGUACAACAAGCAAGGCAGGGGCAGUUUACAGAGCCAUGCCUCCACCACGCCAUCCUAGCAUUCUCCGACGCACUUCUGUGUACGAUAGUGAUCUCCCAUCUGACCCAGGGAUAUCAGUAGACCAUUAUGAACAAGAAACACGAUUAGAAUACCACGAGGAAGUACGAUCUCAGCUACCAAGUGUGGAUCGCUAUCCAAUAUCUGAUGCUCCUAGGAGCGAAGCAGCAAACAGCGGACGACGUAAGCAGAGCUUCUAUGAGCAGCAAUCGUCUGCUAAAGUUCGAGAUGGUGUCAACUUUGAAGAGCAUGGGCAGAAUGACAAGGAAUUACCUCUGUCUAGUCAUGGACAUCCAGGUUCUACACAGGACCAGAGCGGUGCAAAGCAACUCGACCCGUCUCUCACCUUGCCACCUCUUGUCGAUGUACUUGGUGUCAAUUGGAACGAUUCAAGGCCAGUCAAGACCACGAAGAAACUCAGCUUGAGCGAUUAUGCAACUUGGCGAAAGAAGAAAGACUCUUCUAAGGUAGCCAAGCCCGUGGAGGGGAGUAGUCCAAAUCUUGCUACACCAGAUGUUAAGCCCAAGGAUCUGGAGGCAAGAGGAGAUCGAGCGACAAUAUCGACUAUUGAGCCUAGCACAGCAGAGUCCUACGGCAAAUCCACGGACAGUGAACUCAGCGCAAGCCGAUGCCAAUGGGAGGGAUGCAACAAAACGUUUAUUAGUGCUGCCUAUUUAAAUAGGCACAUGCUGAGACAUACUCGACCUUAUCAGUGCCGAGACUGCGAAAAUCGAUACGCAAGUCAGAGGGACUUGGCACGACACAUGUCAUCUCAUCAUACUCCAGAGGUCUUCAAGUGUCCUCACGAAUCAUGUACUUUCAAGGCAAUACGUAAGGACAACUUGCGGCGGCAUAUGGACAAGAAACACGAUCGUUUUGUCCCAUAGGCUUACAGCUGGAGGGAUGUUUAAUAACGUAGCAGUCCUAAUAGCAGGUGGGGAAUAUCAAAUUUAUCAAGCAAUUACAUAUAUUCCAGUCCAACAUUCCCAAAAGACACCGUAGAAGUCAGUCAGUCACAAAGUUUCCUCUAUGGAGACAUAGAGGAUGAAUGAUGCAAACCGGAAAACGAGUACACACAAAACCCAGGAAUUAAGCGAACAAAACAAAACAAACCCACACUCUCACACUUAUCACCCAUUCUCAGGUAACUAACACCACCUGCACCUGCCUCUUCAAAAGCACAAAAAGCCUGGUACGAAACUCGCAAACUAUUCAAGACGGCUCGAAGAAAGGUUAGAGAGUAACAGCCUCCUAGCACUCACGUAGCCCUCCUCUAUGAGGCAGACAUCUACCAUAUUUAUUUUGCGUGCCUUUUUGAUUCAAUAAAUCUAACGAUCUCGGAAUGUAGGACACUGGGCAUCAACCAAGGAGGCAAGGAAAGGAUACCGAGGCUGAGGUUUGGGGAGAUUGCUUCAACAUAUAAGCAUACACUGGCAA